AUGGUGGUAUUCGUGGACUUAGACCAUGAUACAUUCAGCAAGAAUCAGUUCUCUCAUGGAGCCGAUGCUUUGCCGCAUCUCUUCGCUGAACCGGGGAAGUCGACAUUGUCCAAGUUGAUGGUUGUCGGAGCUCCACAGUCCGCAAAGCUGCCUACUGACGAUGAUAUUUCCACCAACCCAACACACGAUGCACUACAGUCUCACUUGGAAGAACAAAAUCACAAUCAAAAUGCCUUCUCAGCUGCUUUGGGCUGUUAUCCGAUCGUUAAAGAGAUCGCCCGAUCAGUGGAUCUUAACACACUGCACGCCCUAUCUCGGACAUGCCGCCAAUUCCAUGCGAAUCUGGCACCCUACCGCCAUCAACUAGUCAAGCGAACCCUACGCUGCGAGAAUGAAUACAUCGAGACGCUGUCAGACCUACUACGUAGCGGCACUCCAAUCCCCGACAGCGUCAAGUCCGUGAUCCGACUACUGAGCCAAGAGGCCAGGAGCUCUGGGCGUCUAACUGCUGGCAAAGUUGCCAAAUGUGCCCGAGACAUGGUUGGCGAGUGUCGGCGAUGCUCCAAAGUGGUUUGUCGCAAUUGCACAGCCAAACCACCAACCAGCAAUAUGCUGAAGAACCGCAUCCGUCGUCUCUGCACCGCCUGUCAAACAGCACCGCUAGCCGAUCUUCUUGCCUUGUCCCCCCCGAGCCUGUCUGCCUAUGAUACCCAGCCUUUGUCAUCCGAGCAGCCUAGCUUUACAACCGAAGCUUUUCAGCGUACUCCUUGUUCCUGUGCAGACUCUGUCUGGCUCUGUCAUCCGUGCGGAAUGUUCGUACGCAACAGUGACACAACGUACCGCCGUGUAUGGACAUGGCGGACCAGGUACAGUACCUACCUGGGAGGACUAGGCACUGGCAUUGGCGAAGGCUGUCAGGGAGUCAAAUGCGGUCGUGGGGAAACUUGCCUGGCAGCUCAAGAAAUUGAGCUCGAAGUAGAAUGCGAAGCAGACGGGUCUUCAGGCAGUCCACACGGAACUGGAUAUGGAAAUGCGGGAUCACAUAAUCAUCCGAACGACCGUCGGGACAGCCGUGAAGAAGAAGAGCCUGGGUAUUUCCGACAAGAGAUUAUCGGAAUUGGAGGUGUUGUCAAACAUAAAGCCAAGAAACGGGUUAUGGUGGGGGCCUGUGUCGUUGAACACGAAGAUGAGAGAGAAACAGGCCAAUAUUUGGCCCGUGAAGAGGCUGGGCAACAUCGAAGCUGGUGUGGAUGGUGCUGGAGAGUCAUUCCUUCCAAGGGUGACUUACAGAAGUGA